UCGCGCUAUUUCGAAAGAGGAAAAAUUGCGCGUGGAGUAGAAGACGCUGAGAGAUUUAUUUGCAGAGGUGGCUUUACAGAAUCAUGACUAGUCUACGACCAUUUGAUAAACUACCCAAGCUGAAUACGGCCGUUGUACUGUUAGUUGGAUCAGAGGAGAUUCAUAGAGAGAAAAUCGCCAAUGCUAUUUUGAAGGAGCCUAAAACAGUAAAUGUUAAAAUUCACAUGACACAGUCCCUUCCCUUGCCUUAUGAGAGAGAGCAUCUUCGUCCACGUUUUGACAUGGUGGUGUUUCUAAUCAACCUGCGUAGCCAAUUUAGCCUGUCUGUGGUUCUCAGGUCACUUUCUCAUUUGGACCUGAAUUACUUCCUUGGGAAAGUAUGUUUUCUUGCCACAGGAUCUACAGUUGCCAGAAGAAUUGUUUGGAAUACAAAGAAAAAAACUAGUAACCUCAGAAGAAAUACAGGCUGCUCUGGAAAAAGACUGUGUGGUUGUUUCAAGGAGCACAAUGCCAUGAUAUUUGAACAGAAGUGAGCUGCAUGGUCGAGUCGCCAGAAAGAAGCCUUUACAACAACAUUGCCAAAAACAAGCCUGGUUACAACAUGUCCAGCAACACCUUAACACAUGGCUUCUGGCACACUUUAGUUUGGAGUGACAAGACCAAAAUAGAGCACACAACCAUUAACAAUAUAUUUGGAGAGGGUCAACAAGGCUUUCCCACUGUGAAGCGUGGUGGUGGCUCACUGAUGUUUUGCUAGCAGGAAGUUAGUUAGGCCUCCCCCUACGUUUUUGUCCCGCUCUAUCGCAGAGCCCGAUUAGCUAUAAAGUUGGUUUAGAUAGGUCCUUGGGUAUAAGGUAUCUAAUGAGGUUCCUUUCCAUGUGUUCAUAGAAUGUCGCUCCAAUCCAAUUAAGACGAUAGGUCCAACGUUCCUUGCUCACCUGCGCCAGGCUCAGACGUUGCCGUCUCACCUUCCCUGCGAGCAUGGACAAUUCUGAAAUUGACGGCCAAAUUAACUAGGAGAGGCAUUCCAUUUUCAGCCUCGGUUAGGAAAUCGGAAGUUUUCCGCCUACUGUUUUCUACUCCCUGGACUCCUCCUUGAUCUAUCCCUCAGCAAUCCACUUCGGUGGACUUGGCUCAUGUGAGAGAUGUGCUUACCUCACUUGUGGUAUCGGUCUCCUCCAUUCAAGAGAGGCAAACCAAUUUAGAAACCCAGCUUGCUGCAACAGUCCCACAGUCCCCCCCUUACA